AGCUCACCGGUUUUCUCGCCGCUUUCGCCUGCUUCUGGUUUGCUCAGUUUUGGGCCCUCCGUCGUCCCGCUAUGUGUUUGAUGGCGCCCGCCCACAAGGAGUUCGAGGGAAUGUCCAGGCCGCGGCAUCCACAUGUCGACGCUGGAGAAUGCAUUCAUCAUGGCCUCUUCGUCGUUCUUAACCACGGCCAUGCUCCUUGAGGCGUAAGCACGGGCGCACGGCCGAAGCAUGCCCAGCGCUGUGGCCAUCUUUCAGUUGUGGUGGACAGGUGGAGGUUAUGUGCAGCUGAAGCGUUCUUGGCCACCACCCAGCCAAUUGAAAACAAUGAGCAGUGGGGGUGGAGGCGUGGAGCCACGAGCAGGACCUUGGCCGUAGACACUGAUGUCGAUGCAGAGCUAUAUCUUGUUCCAUAACCCACUCAAAAGGAAGUGAAGCUCUGCAGUUUGAAGCUGGAAGUCGUGUUUUGACUUCGACAUUGCAAAUGAAGAGGAGCUUUAAACAAGGCAAAUGUUUAAUCUUAUUGAGCAAUGUUACUGUCUGCUGCAUAUGGGCAUUAUCAAAUCUAUAGUCGUUGUCUGUUGGUUGACCCAGUACACACUGAACUAAGGCAUUUGAAGUCUUUGAAUGUGGACGGGUUUGUUGUUGGCUGUUGGCGGGAAAUUGUGGAAGCUUGGACUCUUCGCAAGCAUGAGUUGUCUGGCUACAUGGACAUUUGAAGUGUAACUAAAGAAUUCAAGCCAAUCAAAGCUUGAUUCAGAGUUAAGUGAAUCCCAACUGAUGAAAGAUCAGAUGAAGCUCUCGUCAUAAUGGAAAUAUAUGAGAAAUGCAAGUUAUGUGAGGCUGAAAAGUGAAAAUAUUUUGUUUUGAUAGAUCUCAUGUUCCCUUGACAGUAGAGAGUAUUUUGGGGCUGUUUUUGUAUCAACUUUUCUAUGUCAGGGAUGUGUCAGCGCCACUCAGGCAGCCUGAUUUGAGUACAACAGAAUCUGCUAACAAUCUAGCUUCACCAUUGCUGCAAAGAGGGGAAAAAAUCUGAGGGGUCCUAGCAAUGCAUCUGAAUCAGCUGCUGCUAACAUGAUACCUACACGAGGUGGCCAGACAUCCGCUUAACCUGAAGACUAGACCUAAGUUGCUGCAUCUGCUCCUAGGAAAAUCAGUAUAUCCAUUAUCCACCAUCAGUAAGGUAGGUGAAGUACAGAAUGCCUUUCCUGGGAAAUUGACCAGAAGAGUCUUUCAUGGGAGAAUUGGCAUUGAAGCAAGACAAUACUCUUUCAUCUGGUUGCCUUUAUCUGUUAGUGGUGUAGAACUGCAAGCCAUGAUCAAGGGCUUACAUCAGGAUUCUACAAUCAGAUGAUCCUACAAACACAGAGAUGGAGUCCAAAGCAUUCUGUAAUUCCAAAGCUUGUUCGUUGUAUAUUAGAAUUUAUUGUGCUGCAGAAUGAUGAAGCAUUUGCAGAUUCAGAAGGUUUCACCUGGAUGGGCCUAGGAAUGAUCCUGAUCACCAUCAUGGUUCGUGCUUUGCAUACCGUCAGCAACCUGCAUCCUUGUGCAGAGGGAAGUUUGCUUUCUAGAGCUUUGUAACUUUAUGCACGGGGAGCUCUCCAGAAUGGACACGGUCGAAUAUCCUUACAAUAAUAUCUUCAACAAAGAAGAUAGAUUUUGGAUUCAACAAAACAACAGAGAGGUUUUGAAAAUGUCAUGGGUUGUUUCUGGCAGAAAAUGGCAUGGCGUAGAUAUAUCAUUUUCUCGCUUGCUGAUGAAAAUACCAAUUGCAAAAAUGUUGAGUACCAUUUCAUGCCUACUAUUCAGAAUUUAGAAUCUGAAUCAAUCAUUUUCUCACUCGAUGCCAUCCUGCACGGACAAUGGACAUGGGCAAUUUUCCAGCACGAGAGCCGUGACCGCCGGGCAGCGAAGCCGGUAGCAUUGUACGACAUCAAGUGUCAUUAGUUCUUCAUCGGUGGGGAGAGAGACGGAUUCGAGGUGCAGGGUGGCCAGCAGCGGCGCGGCGUCGAUCAUUCCCUAGAGAUCAGGGGAGGCUCUACGCUAAUAAGCAGAGCCACACACCGAGACGCCAGCCACGAGCGGAAGCGGAUGGCCGCCGCCGCUGGGGACGAGCCGCGCGGCUGCUGCUGCCACAUUGUGGCGGUCCCCUUCCCGGGCCGCGGCCACGUCAACGCAAUGAUGAACCUCAGCCGCCUCCUCGCCGCGCGCGGCGCCGCGGUCUCCUUCGUCGUCACCGAGGAGUGGCUCGGCCUCCUCCGCUCCUCGUCGUCCACCCCGGCCGACGGCGUCCGCCUGCGCGCCAUCCCCAACGUCAUCGCCUCCGAGCACGGCCGCGCCGCCGACCACUCGGGCUUCCUCGACGCCGUCGCCACCGAGAUGGAGGCGCCCUUCGAGCGCCUGCUCGACGGGCUCGAGGGCGCGCCGCCCGCCGCGCUCGUGGCGGACGCCUACGUCCCCUGGGUCGUCGGCGUCGGCAACCGGAGGGGCGUCCCCGUCUGGCAGCUCUUCCCCAUGGCCGCCACCUUCUUCUCCACCUACUACCACUUCGACCGCCUCCCGGCCUGGCUUACCGGCGACGGCGAGCACGCGCCGGGCUCCGGUGAGACUGUAGAUAAAUCUGAUCAGAGACUUGGGCACUACAUCUCCAGUCAGGCUUCAAAUACGAUAAGGUUGUCUGAUCUCGAGCCCUUAAUUCACAACAAGAGAGCAGUAAAGCAUAUCCUACCAGCCAUCUCAAGCGUUAGAAAUGCUCAGUGCCUCCUUUUCACCACCAUGUAUGAGCUUGAGGCCAGUGUCAUCGACUCACUACAGUCAGUACUCUCUUGCCCAGUGUAUCCAAUCGGCCCCUGUGUUCCCUACAUAACACUUGAAGACCACUGGACCAUGACCAAUGGGGAUACCAGCCAAGUAGACUACUUCGAAUGGUUGGAUUCUCAACCUGUGAACUCAGUGUUAUAUGUGUCCCUUGGCAGCUUUGUCUCAGUGUCAGCCUCUCAGCUUGACGAGAUUGCGUUGGGGCUAGCAGCAAGUGAGGUCAGGUUCUUGUGGAUUAUUCGUGAACAAUCCCCUCGGGUGCGAGAACUCAUUGGUGACACUGAUAAGGGGAUGAUACUGCCAUGGUGUGAGCAGCUGAAGGUUUUGUGCCAUUCCUCUGUUGGGGGCUUCUUAACCCAUUGCGGGAUGAACUCGACACUUGAAGCCAUCUUUGCUGGUGUACCUAUGCUUGCCUUACCACUAUUCUUUGAUCAACCGCUUGAUGGCCGAUUAAUUGUGGAAGAGUGGAAGAUUGGCCUGAACUUGUGGGAUUGUGCUAGCAAGGAUGGUCUGAUUGGGAGAGAAGAUAUUGCACGGGCUGCAAAGAGGCUGAUGUCUUCUGAUGAACCUGAGACAAAGGCAGUGAGGAGACGUGCUCUUGAGUGGAAAGAGGCUUCUCGCAGAGCAGUUGACAAGGGUGGAUCUUCAUACCGCAAUCUGAGUGCAUUGAUGGAGAUGGCAUGCGCUUCAGCAUAAUUGGAAUCAGUAUGGUAUGUGCUGAAACCAAUCUUGUCAUACUGUAAUGGUGUUGUAAUCAUCAAUGUUUCAAAUACGGAUGCUACAAUCAUCCCUCUUUCUGAAAGGUGACACGCAUAAUCACCUUUACUUAUGAUUUGUUCAACAUAUCAUUCUGAGAGUUUCAUUUGGAUUGUACUAUGAGACUCUGUCAUUUUUUAAAGAAGCAGCAGUACUUACUUUUA